AUGUGGCACUCAAACUGCGAAGCACGUUUUUGUAGUUCAAAGUCGUCCUAUCUAUUUGAGAGGUUAGUUAAAAAUAUUGUUUUUUAAUACUAUUGUAUCAAGAAAACAAUUUAGGAUAAUUUCAACAAGCCUUUGCUCAUUGAAAAACAUUUCUAGCUUCAAUUAUUUUAAAUUCAUUAAUGGUUAACCUAUCAAUCCUGGUUUUGGGUGCCUAUAUAUCAUUCUUCAGUUUUGUCGUCAGUGAUUGUCGAGUCCACUGUUUGCAAUGUAGCCAGACGUCUCCGCUCCUCAUGACCGCCACCCUAGGGGAGCAGCGCUCCAGCGGACAACCGCCGAACUAAUGCCAGCUGAUUGUGGUCAGCGGCUACCGCCGUCAGUCAGUUGCCGUUCGAACGUCGAGCAGUGCGGACGUGUUUUCGGAUGUGCUCUGCGCCCACCGACGAACUUAACAUAACCUCAACGUAGAUUUGGUUUUCUGAGGAGGAUUUUGUAGUGAAAAUGUCGGAAACCGAAAAAGUGCCCCCGCCGGACGGUGGAGUCCGCGCAUGGUCGGUGAUGGUGGCCAGUUUCCUCUGCAAUGGAGUGAUCUUCGGCCUGAUCAACAGCUACAGUGUGGUAUAUGUGGAGUUGCAGCGGAGACUCACCGAAGCCGGGGUGGAGGAUGCUUCGUCUAAAGCUUCCCUUGUUGGAUCACUGACGAUAGGGACGACGUUCUUCCUGUCUCCUGUGGCUGGCAUAUUGACUGACAAGAUAGGAAUAAGAGUUACUACGUUUAUUGGAGGAUUGAUGGCCGCACUUGGACUAUUUGCUGCGUCUUUCUCCUACGAAAAGGUUACCUCUCUGUACCUAACCUAUGGUGUUCUGUUUGGCGUAGGCUCUUCCCUGGCCUACACGCCAUCUCUAGUCAUUUUGGGUCACUAUUUCCAAAGAUAUAUGGGUGUUGUGAAUGGAUUCGUCACUGCAGGCAGCUCAACCUUCACUAUGCUCAUGCCUUAUCUAAUUGAUGCGCUUUUAACUAAUUUUGGACUAGGAGUUUGUUUAAGGUGUUUAUCGUUGUUUAUGUGCUUCAUUAUGUUGAGCUCGUUGUUAUUCAAACCAAUUACGGCUGAUGAUACGCAGCUGAAGAAGAAGGAGUUCAAGUCGUUGAUAAACAAGAGCAUCUGGAUGAAUCGGAGAUAUGUUUAUUGGGCGGUUAUCAUUCCUAUGGCUCUUUUCGGUUAUUUUGUUCCUUAUGUACAUAUGGUAAAGUUUGUUGAAGAUUACUUCCCUGGCCACGAUGGUAAAAAUCUAGUCUUCUGUAUUGGCGUCACAUCCGGUCUGGGGCGGUUAAUAUUUGGAAAGAUAGCUGAUUAUCCCAGGAUUAACAGGGUAUAUCUACAACAGUUGUCGUUCUUCCUGAUCGGGUCGGUGACAAUGCUGAUGGUGGUGUGCCCGAGCUUCUCGCUGCUGGUGGUGUGUGUGCUGACGAUGGGUCUGUUCGACGGCUGCUUCAUCUCACUGCUCGGUCCGAUUGCCUUCGACUUGUGCGGCCAUGAUGGCGCCGGCCAGGCCAUCGGCUUCCUGCUCGGCUUCUGCUCGUUUCCGCUCACCAUCGGCCCGCCCAUUGCUGGCCUGAUCUACGACCACACCAAGUCGUACAGCAUUCCGUUCUUCCUGGCGGGCAUUCCGCCAAUCCUGGGCGCGGCGCUACUCUUCAUGGUCAGCUGUUCGACGUCACGCAACGGCAACGACACAGCGACGACAUCUGCACGGCACGACGACGACACAGCCACCUCGCAACUCAUCCACCAGCAAAAUGGCGGCCUCACCAACGGUCAUACACGCCAGCCAGUCAUCGCAUCCUCAGAGACAGAAAGAUGAGCCCAUUUAUAGUUAUUCUUCCUAUUUUAAGAACUUCCUAUUACUAGCUUAAGUUGUGUAAUAUGUGAAAAUGAGUGUUUUAUGUUUUAAUUUAUUUUUAAAUAUUGAGAACAUAGUUGAGGAGUUAACGAUUUUGACUUUUCCAAUUUGAGGUGUGGUCAAUGUUUUUGUAGUCUUACCUGCUACAGUUUGAACCGCACCAUGAUCGUGAAUUUCCAAAUUUUCAAUUCUUAUUAAUGUCUGCUUUCAAUAUGAAGGUUAUAGAUGUAAUGAAGCUAUAGUGAGGUCCACGUUAUAUUGACAGUGUUUGAUUAGCAAUGGUAUUGCUAUCCUUGUUUAUCAUUCAACAAAGAGGAUAGUGUAUCUCUUUCUCGCUUUGCUCUGUUGCCAGAUCGGCUUUCAACAAUGUAGAAUUGAUAAUUAAUUAACAAAAUAUUUCAUCUCAAUUAUGAAAAUUCAUUAUGAAAUAAUUAAAAAAUAUUAAUUCAUCGCUUAAUAAAAUAAUUUAUUAUUUUAAACAAGAAUGAACAAUUAAUAUUACAUUAAUAAACCUGUAUCAGCUACCGUCAAGAAGGCAUUGACAGGACAGUGAGGAUCGGCAACGUUGUUCUCCUAUCUUUCUCCACUGCCAUUAUAACGUGGAUCUCAUUAAAGUAUCAGACUGCUAGUGACCAUAAAAAUAAGAUGGCAAAAUUUCAAAUGAGUUUUCUGUCCAGUGCCACAAUACAGUUAAACUGCUACCUAUUGAAGCACAUUGCUCUACAAUUUUACAAUUUUUGUUCAUUAAUUUUUAUGAUUAUAGGAAUAGAGUCUGGAAGUUUUAGGUUUGCUGCUUUAAUGCUACUUCAUAUAUAGAAAAAGUUCUUCCGAAACUAAUGACAAUGACUGUGCCCGUAUUAUUGGGACAAUUAAAAUGUGUUUUGUGUAAAAGCAAAGGCUAGUCGCCAUGAAGACAAUGUUAGAAUGUAGAAUGUGCAGAUUUCCUCAAUAUUUUGAGAAACCCGUCAAUCGGGUGAUAAAUAUUGAAUAAUUGAAACUAAUGGUGUUGUACCUCCACUUGGUUCCCUGACAGAACUACUUGGGUUAUUGUGCUCGAUUGAUAAAAACAACCGUUAAUCUGGUAGAAAAUUUUUGAAUAAUUGUAACAAAUGGUGAAAAAGCUCCUUUUGGCUUCUUGACAGAACUAUUUGGACUAGAUAGAUAAGUUUCUAGACAGAAAAUUUUAAUAUAGCAUUCUUUUGUUCAUCGAUUCGCGUUGCACAAGUUAUAAAAGUUCAUACAAGUUAUAAAAUUGAAAACAUCAUUAUAGUUUUAGAUAUGGCAGAAUGUAGCAGGUAAGGUCUCAAAAAUUGAAAUAGGUAUUUUAAACUAUUGCGAAAUGUAGUUCCACAAAAACAACGAAUUUUCCUAAAAAUUGAUAUUUUUCCCUGAACCGAAUGUGCUAAUUAUUGAUAUUUUUCAACUCUAGUGAAACGGUAGUUCUAGUUUUUAUUAUUAUUCUACUUUGUUAUUGAGGAGUCAAUCAAAUAUAUUAGGUACUAAUGCGAGAGAAUGCAGUAUUCAUCCUCGAGUUUACAUUAGCAUAUUUUAUUAAUUAUUCUCAAUUAAAUAUAGUUUACAAUUGAGAAUAGUAUUUACUGGUGAGAAUAAUAGAAAUCAAAAUUUCCUCAAGUUUACCUGAUGAAAAAUCUGUAGAAUAAAAAAGUAUUUAAAAUAAUAAGAUAUUAAUUUGUUGGAUGUGUUAUGGACAAAAUUUAUCUGUUUAUUUUUAAAUAUUUGUUUAGCGCACCUCAAUUCAUUGAAUGAACCAUUACCCCAUUCAAGAUCACAGAUUAUCAUUGGAAUUGAAAUAAGUGGAAAAAGUAGUAUUUUGGCCAAUACGGAAAACCAAAUCACUUGAAGUAAUCCAACUUCAAUUCUGUCUAAUUUCAAAGUUUUGUUGGAAAAUGUUUGCUUUCGUGAGAAACUGAAUAUUCUAUGGUAUUUAUUUCCUUGCAACAAUAUCUAGAUAUAGCUGUCUCAAUCCAAAUGAGAUUUAUGAUUGUUUAAUGGGAUAUGAGUUCUUGAAAUGCUUGAGCUUCAAUGAAUCAAUGGCAAUUUUACAUGAAAAACCAGGAUUUCACAAUGGUUUUGAAUAAAAAAAUUAUUUAUCGAUAUCCUUCCACAUAUCAUAGCAUAGCGUCCUUCAUUAGCAUAGCGGUUUUAAAAGUCACAACAAAAUCAAAAUUUUAAUUAUUAAAUUUUAUAAUAUUAUUAUUGUAGGUUUUUCAAAUUACGUUUUCAUUGUCAAAAAUAUAAACAUCCAUCAUUGUAAUGUACAGUGCUUUAUAUUUAUCACAAUGAGUAUCCUACCUCUUUGAGAUUUUUUAAUUUUAUUUUAUAAGUAACAUCAUGUUAUUGUAACCAUCAUCUUGUUAGUUCUGUUUAUCACUAUGACACUUGUAUUUUUCACCUUUUGAAAAUACUUCUUCCAUUGUCAUCCAUUUAUUAUUUUGUAACACGUGCCUUUCUAGAUUAGUGUCAUCCAUGAUCACCAUGAAUCAAAAUAUUUUUGUAUUGAUCAAUAUUUUAAAAUACUUCCUCAUAACACAAAAACACAAUU